CAAAAUAAAAGUCUAUGUGACGUUUACCGGAAAUGCGCAUGCGCCCUGAGCUUCCUCUACACACGUGCAGAAUGGAGUCCCCACGAGAUGAAUUGGCUCUCGACCGGACUCAGGUGAAGAAAGCUGCACAGGCAUUACAGGCAUAUAUAAAGAGCAGCUCUUCGUCCCAGAAACUCUUCCAGAAUGAGGGUCAGGCCGUCUUCCUACUGUUUACUCAAUGGAAAAUCCCUAAGAAGGAGCAAACCAUUCGCAUUCCUUUACCCCAUGGACUGAGGAAAGAAACAGGAGACGUGUGUCUCUUCACCAGAGAUGAACCCAACAUGACUUCUGAACAGACGGAGAGAUUCUACAAGAAGUUACUCACUGAGAGAGGCUUCAAAAAUGCCAUAGAGGUGAUUCCCUUUAAGGUUUUAAGGACUGAAUAUAAGCCGUUUGAAGCCAAGAGAAGACUGCUAGGCAACUUUGAUUUGUUUUUGGCAGACGCACGUAUUCGACGCAGGUUACCCUCCCACAUUGGCAAACAUUUCUAUGAGAGGAAGAAGGCUCCUCUGUCGGUGGAUCUAGAGAGUAAAAAUCUGGCCAGACACAUGGAGCUCCUCAUUCAAGGCACCACCCUCUGUGUCUCAAACAAAGGCUCCUGUUGCAUGGCACGUGUAGGACAUUCAAACAUGACGGCUGAUGAGAUAGUCGAGAAUGUGACCAUGGCGGUUUCCACCAUUUCAACAAAGUCAGCAACAACAGGAAGAAACAUAAAAAUCAUCCAUUUGAAGAGUCAGAACUCAGUUGCUCUGCCCAUCUACACCUCUGAUUUGAGUCAUCUUGCAGUGGUGGAGGAGGCCCAGAAGAAAGCUCAUCCAACAAAGGGAGCACAAAAGAGGAAGAGCGAAAAUAAGAAAACAGAACUAUCAGAGCCGAUCACUAAAGAGACGGAGAAAGAUGUAGACUGUGAGGAGGAAAUCCCACAGCUGGUGCCAAUCGAGACGCCAACCAAAAAGCCAAAACGGGAGGGCAUAUCCAAAAAAGGAUUGAAAAAAGCACCCAGGCCUGCUAGCAAAGGACUUAAGAAAACUGUAAAAGACAAAAAACUGGCCAAGAAAACACCAAAGGUCACAGGACAUGUUCUGAAAAGAAAAGCUAAAACAAAUAAAAUCUGAAAUGCAAUUAAUGUA